AUGUCGUCCUCGGAAGAUGAACAUUCUGACGACUCGCACAGCUCGCACAGCGAUUCUGGACGGAAGAGACCGCCCUCACCAUUCUACCUCCCACUAAACGUCGCAUUUUAUGCCUUUCUCACUUCCAACGCAGUUGCAGCUGCCUAUGCGCCUAUACAAGACUGCGACGAGAUCUUCAAUUAUUGGGAGCCGGCGCACUAUCUGGACCAUGGCUACGGACUGCAGACAUGGGAAUACUCGCCCGAUUAUUCCAUCCGAAGCUGGCUAUACGUCAGUCUCCAUGCUGCUGUGGGAAUGAUAACGAGAAUCUGGAGCUCGAACAAGAAGACUCAGUUCUAUGCUAUCCGAGCCGUCCUCGCCUUCGUUUGCGCUGCGUGCGAAACCCGGCUCUAUUCCGCGAUAUCCAGAACACUUAAUAAGAGAAUUGGUCUACUUUUUCUGAUCAUCAUUGCUUUCAGCCCCGGUUUCUUCCACGCGUCGACGGCUUUCUUACCCUCUUCAUUCACUAUGUAUACGUCUAUGCUAGGAUUGACAGCUUUUUUGGACCGAAGAGGCAGGAACAAGAUCGCCGAGGGCAUUAUGUGGUUUGGCACGGGUGCCAUCGUUGGCUGGCCAUUUUCCGGUGCCUUGAUUCUUCCUCUGCUUGCCGAGGAGAUUCUCACUUCCAUCUUUUCUGGCCACUGGGGCAAUACGCUCGGGCAGAUUGUCAAUGGAGGCAUGAGGUGCAUUGUUAUCCUUGGCUUGGAAAUCGGAGUCGAUUCUCUUUUCUUUCAAAGGUUUACAUUUGUUCCGUGGAAUAUUGUCGCGUACAAUGUGUUUGGAGGCGAGGGAAGAGGACCGAACAUCUUUGGCACUGAGCCAUGGACCUUUUAUAUUCAAAAUUUACUCUUGAAUUUCAAUGUUUGGUUCAUUUUGGCUGCUUCAAUCGCGCCACUGCUCAUCCUGCAGGCCUUGUUCGGAGGUCGGACAUCUUCCAGUCACACACUCUUGAGAUCUCUCGCCUUCGUGUCUCCUUUCUACCUCUGGCAGGCAAUCUUCACCGUACAACCGCACAAGGAAGAACGAUUCAUGUAUCCAGCAUAUCCCUUCCUUGCCCUCAAUGCUGCACUUGCGCUACACUUGAUAUUAGCAUACGUCGGGACAAACAAGCCUGGAACUUUGAUGGGUCUCAUCCCAGGCAAAGUUAAAUUCAUUGCCGUCGCAGCGUUUAUGUUACUGUCUAUCAACGCCGGACUUUUGAGAUCUGUCGGUAUGGUCACCGCCUACGGCGCACCCUUGAAAGUAUACGAUGCGCUAGACGCAUCCGGUGUGGCACAAGAGGGUAGCGUUCUCUGCUUAGGCAAAGAAUGGUACCGAUUUCCUUCUUCUUUCUUCCUGCCGCAAUCCAUGAGAGCGAAGUUUGUAAAGAGUGAAUUCGCGGGCUUGUUACCUGGAGAGUUUCCUGAGGGGAACAGCAUACAGGCUCUGUUAGCCGGUACAUCUGCGAUUCCUACAGGUAUGAAUGAUCGAAAUGAGGAGGAUCUAUCCAAAUACGUUGAUAUCUCCCAAUGUACAUUUUUGGUCGAUUCCCACUUUCCCAGUCAACCACCGACAGACCUGGAGCCGGAAUACAUCCACGACCAAAAGGACUGGGAGAUAGCAACAGACACCGCCAGAAUGUCGUCCACAUACAUCUACCAGAUCCAACAAUUCCUUCUCGAAGACAGAGCUCAAAUCCAUGAUGCCGUCUUUGCCACUACGAUAAUCGCGUCGUUGACAUGGGUAUUGUACAUAGCCCUCCAAGCCCUAAAAUCUCGAUAUCAAAAGACCGAAACAACGAGACCAUCGACGCCGGACGUUGAGAAGAAUAAGCGCAAAUAUGGCGAAUGGACGCCAUCGUCGUUCAAGAGACCAGAGCCAAAACCAUAUGAGGGUUGGGAUGUUGAAACGACGAAACCGUUGUUAUAUAGGCCUUUUCGAUAUGGACCGAAGUACUUUGUGACCAUGGGAUUACGAAGUAUGAAAUGGGAUGAAUGGAUUGAAUUGGAUAACCACUACCCUCGAUACCACGCCGAUAAAGCGCGUCGCAUCAAAGAACGCGCCUCGAAAUGCUGUCAUACCGCGCCUGAGGCCAUGGACGGCGCAAUCGAGUUGCUCGAAGAACUAGCAUCAUACCUUCCUGCCCGGUAUCCAACGCUCUUCCGCGCGACUCCCGUCGGAAUCGAUAAUCUUCUCACCGGCGAAUCGUUUAACAUCGUCCAACGACCCCUCGCAGAAGAUCCCAUGAUCACAUGCGCUCGCCUCGUGCAGGACGAUCUAGCGCUCAUGUUCGAGAAGCCCGAUGGCCAAUACUACCUCCUCGCCGGCGCGAUCUUGCUAGCCGGAUUCUGGCGCUUAGAAGACAAACUCGGUAUGCCUCUCAGCGAAAUCCACACGUCGGGAGACGUGCCUCAAUUCAAAGAAAAACUCGAAAAAGGGAUGAUGAAUUUCUUCAGGAGACUCAAACCCGAAGAUGCGGUGUUACGCAACAAUUAUUUCUUACAGGUUGAUGACCAGCUCGCUUGGUCCCCAUCCAUCGGAUCCGAGGACGAACCUGGUAUUUCGUGGAAUACAGCGCAAAAAAACAGGGCGAUUGAGCAUCAUUAUUUCAGGUCGGAGAGGCAAUCGUUACGGCGACUACCGCGGUCGGGCGCGGUGGUGUUUACGAUUAGGACGUAUUUUGAGCCCAUCACGGAGAUUGUCAAGGAGCCGUAUGUGCCUGGUAGAUUAGCGUCUGCGGUCCGGUCGUGGGGGGAUGAUGUGUCGAUAUACAAGGGGAAGGAGAAGUAUGCCGAAGUGCUAUUAGAAUAUCUUGACAAGAAGCAUGAGGAGCAGGUGGCGAACGGGUUAGAUUUGGAGAAGGAGGAUGAAGUUCGUGCUUAUCCGUAUUGA